GCCACCGCCGCCGGCCUUGGGACCCGGAUGGCCGUUUAGUCGGUGCUUAGACGCCGAGGCUGCCACAUCGGCCCUUGAACAAAAUUCACGAAACAGGGGGAAGGGGGGGACGACGUAAUCCGCCUCCAUCCUCCGUCUGGGACACCCUUCCGCCCCCGGCGAGCUCGCAUCCGGGUAGAGCGGACCGAGCCCGUUCUAACGAGAGGCACGUUUCGCGGGGAGCCAGGAGGAACCAUCGUACUCAAUGACCUUACAGCGCAAUGUCAGAUCGUUUGGGGCAAACAGCAAAGGGGAAGGAUGGAAAAAAAUAUUCAUCGCUCAACCUGUUUGAUACGUAUAAGGGCAAAUCCUUAGAGAUCCAAAAACCCACAGUCACUCCCCGCCAUGGCUUGCAGAGUCUCGGAAAGGUUGCUAUUGCUCGGCGCAUGCCACCCCCUGCGAACCUGCCAAGCUUAAAAGCGGAGAACAAAGGCAAUGACCCCAACGUUUCACUAGUGCCGAAAGACGGGACAGGAUGGGCAAGCAAGCAGGAACAGCCAGACCCAAAGAGUACCGAUGCCUCGACAGCUCAGCCGCCGGAAUCGCAGUCACCGCCGGCUUCACAGACGUCUGCCUCAAACCAACCGAAACGACCCCCAACGGCCCCCGAGAAUCCCCCUACAGUAGCAAGCGGGGUAAAGUCUUGGGCACAGGCCAGCGUUACCCAUGGAGCACAAGGAGAUGGUGGAAAGGGAUCAAACCUACUAUCGCGAUUCUCUCGCGAGGAAUUUCCGACCCUGCAGGCGGCUGGCGACCAGGACAAAGCUGGCAAAGAAAAGGACACUACCGAUGCGUCGUAUGGGCCCGGACCAAACCUCCGCCCCCAGAACGCAACCAGUUGGCGGGAUGGAGGCGGGCGAGGCACUGACGGGGAGCUGGUGCCUGAGGACGGGCGGGCUGGGGUCGGCAUGCAGCCCAACGUCCCGCCUCAAUUCCCUCCCUACCGGGGGAUGAUGCCGCCAUUUAUGUAUCCCCCAUAUCUCCCAUUCCCACCUCCAUAUGGGCCACAGGGACCUUACCGCUACCCCACAGCAGAGGCACAGAGGUUCCAGCGGCUCCCAGGACCUCGCCCCUCACAACCUCAGCUACGCAUGUCAGAGCCUGUGAGCCGACCGCCUGUCCUUAAGCAGGAUGACCUGAAAGAAUUUGAUGAGUUGGACCAGGAGAAUGAUGAAGGCUGGGCAGGAGCCCACGAGGAAGUGGAUUACACAGAGAAGCUGAAAUUCAGUGAUGAAGAAGAUGGGAAAGAGUCUGAUGAGGAAACCACUGAGAACCGCAGUGAUGAGGCUUCUGGCCCAGAAGGCCAGUCAGGUACAGAUGCAAAGAAGGCUGGAACCCCAAAAGAGGAUCAAUCGCUGGUGAAAACAGCCUGGGUUGAAAACUCACGUCCCCCAGAGGAUGCCAAAGAACCGCCGCCUCCUCCUCCUCCUCCAGUCCGGCCACCACCACCUCCGCCACCACCCAACCGGGGCAAUUGGGGGCAGCCCAAUGACUUCCCGGACCGCCCUCUACGACCACCUCCUCCAGAAGAUGAGGAUGAGGCUUGGCGCCAGCGCCGAAAGCAGUCAUCAUCAGAAAUCUCUGCAGCUGUGGAGCGGGCCCGACGUCGGCGGGAGGAAGAGGAGCGUCGCAUGCAAGAGGAACGCCGAGCCGCCUGUGCUGAGAAACUCAAGCGCUUAGACGAGAAGUUUGGAGCUCCUGAUAAGCGCCUGAAACCAGAGCCGCCAAAAGAGCCUCCUGCUCCUCCACCUGCUCCCACCCCUGUGCCCUCUAACCCACCAGCUCCUCCUGCACCCCCAGAGGAGAAGAGAGAGAAAGAGGAGCCUGUUCUGGCUAACAAACCUCGUGGUACUGUUGGCGGCGGCGGCAAUAGCAACAGCAGUAGCAGUGGUGGCAACUUGGACUCUGCCUGUAAUGUUGAACCACCUCUGACUGCUCCCCCCAAGGAAGUACCAGAAGUGAGGGAAGAGCCACCAGCUGUGCCUGGGCCUGUCCUCCCUGCACCUCCCAUCCCAGCCAAGGUGGAGCCCAAGGGGGAGACUGUCCUUCAGGCACGCCAGCCCCCUCCAGCUCAGACUCUUGGAUAUUCAAAGUACCAGAAGUCAUUGCCUCCUCGCUUCCAAAGACAGCAGCAGGAGCAGUUGUUAAAGCAGCAACAGCAAUGGCAGCAGCAGCAACAACACAACCAGGUUCAGCCCCCUUUGGCUUCCUCUGCCCAGCAGCAGCCAACUGGUGCUCCUUUGGCCACAAUGGGUGCCUCAGGCAGUGUCCACCCUCAGGCUGGGCCACCAGGGCAGCAGCAACCCCCAGCCCCACCUCCAUCACAGCAGGCUCCCCCAAAGGGCAUAUACCCAGGCUCCAUUGGACGGCCUCCACCAAUGCCUCAGAUGAACUUCGACCCUCGCUGGAUGAUGAUCCCACCUUACAUGGACCCCCGCAUGAUGCAAGGGCGGCCUCCCAUGGACUUUUUCCCCCCUGGGGUGCACCCUUCUGGUCUUCUGCCUCGUGAGCGAUCAGACAGUGGGGGCUCCAGCUCAGAGCAAUUUGACCGCCACCCCCCCAUCCUCCGAGAGCGUGGGACUCCACCUGUUGAUCCCAAGAUGGCCUGGGCAGGAGACGUCUUUGCCACUGCUCCUUCUAACACAGACUCACGCCCUCAAGCAGCAGCCCUUCGGCAGCAGCAGGAAGAGGAAGAGAAAGGGUUAAGGAGUGAGACACCCCCAGUUCGCCUGCGCGAUGCUGUCACUCCCCAGCCUUACAUGGGGAACUACCAGGGUUUCUCAGAAAAUGGCAGUUCUGCUCCACUACACCGUUUCCCAGUGGAUGAGCCACCACGGCCAGGGCCACCCUGGCAAGCCAGCAUGGCCUUGACUGCACCAGUAGAGGUGAACAGGAAUGGGCGCCCUGAACCCCAAAUCCAGCCAUUGCGCAAAAGUGAAGAAGAGCCACAGCUGCUGCAUCGCGAACCUCAAGAAGAGAAUAAAACAGCUGAGCCUCCUGUCAUUCGACCAGUGUUAGCCAAGAAGCCUCCUGCUGAGCAGCCUAAAGAGGAGGCUCCAGUCAAAGAGGAGAUUCUACGGAGGGUGGAGAAGCCACCACGGCAGCAGCAUGAAUUCCACAAGCAGCCCCGGCGUGAGUCUAAGACAGAGACGCGCUGGGGACCCCGUCCUGGCAGCAGCCGGAGGACUGAGGAGAUAGCUGGGGAAAAGGCUCCACGGCGAGCUGGGCCCAUCAAGAAGUUGCCACCUCCAAAGGAGACGAAGGACGAAAAUGAGGAGAUUCGUCCUGCAGGGAAGGCCAAGGAGAUUGCCGAGCCUGUGAGCAGCAAGCCAGAACCUCCAAAAGAGUCUCCAAAACCAGGCAAAGAGAACAAGGCCAAGCCAGUGUUAAAUGGAGGAACAGCUGUGCCUCCCAAAGAGCAGCAGCAGGGCCCAUUGUCGCCGAGCCGGCGUCGUCGAGAUGGUCCAUAUGAGCGCGGAGGCUACACUGGCCGUGGCCGGGCCAGGGGGCGAGGAGAAUAUUUCGCCCGAGGGCGAGGCUUUCGGGGAGCAUACAGUGGCCGUGGCCGGGGUGGCCGGGGAAGAAGCCGGGAGUUCCGCAGCUAUCGUGAACCUUUCUACCGGCUGGAUGAUGGAGUUGGUAAACCCUCCGGGCCGGGCUCCAACUUCCGCCCGCGCAAUACCAGCGAGACACGGAGUGAAGGCUCAGAGUAUGAAGAGAUCCCCAAAAGGCGACGCCAGCGGGGAUCGGAGACAGGAAGUGAGACUCACGAGAGUGCCAGUGAUGUAGCCCAUUCAGACAAGGAGGUGACCAAAGAACCAGCCCCAAGUCAGCGCAACCGAGGGCCCCCUGUGACAAAUGUGUCCACCCAUUCUUCCCUACACCCUGGCUUACCUCGGUUUGCUGACAAGAUGCCCCCACGCCUCUCAGACCCUGGCACCCGUGGUGGGCGUGUCUUCACCCCCCGUGGAGUGCCCUCACGUCGUGGCAGAGGUGGCGGCCGUGCCCCCCCUGGUGGAUGGAGCCCCCCAUCCAAGCCCCAGCCCAACAAGAAGCCUGAGAAGCAGCAAGAGGCAGUUCUGGAGUCCUCAGUAAAGGAGAAGGCUUUGGCCGGACCUCCAGCAGUGACCCCAGAAGACUCGAGUGGUUUCCAAGGCCCCCCAAAACAACAGCCACUUGGCCCCAACUCAGACCGUGGCUUUGACCGGCCACCCCGGCGACGGCGCCAUGGGCGUUCCCAGCAGCAGGAUAAGCCGCCACGGUUCCGGAGGCUGAAACAGGAGCGUGAGAAUGCAGCCCGGCUCAAUGGGGAACAGAGGACAGUGCAGCCCUACUCCCCAGCACCUGCUCCACUGCCAGAAGAAUCAGCCAGCCGGCGUGUGGCUGGCACAAAGUCUCCAGAUUUGUCCAACCAGAACUCUGACCAGGCCAAUGAGGAGUGGGAGACUGCUUCAGAGAGCAGCGACUUCACAGAGCGCAGGGGUGGAGGCGAGAAAGAGCCAGCACCAGGCGGGCCUCCUCCUACCGCUUUCCUGAAAGGGGGCUGUUCUGGGGCACCUUCGGUGGGUGGGCGGCCCUCCAACAAUGAGCUCAGCUUAGCUCAGAGGAAGGAAAUGUCCAAGCGCAGCUUCUCCAGUCAGCGGCCUGGCAUGGACCGGCAGAACCGGCGCUCCAACCCUGGGCCUGGGGGAGGAGGCGGCAAGGCUGGUCGCGGAGGGAGCGGCAGUGGGCGCAGCGGUGGUGACAAGAGGAGCUGGCCCUCUCCCAAGAACCGCAGCAGGAACACAGACGACCAUUCUCCAGGUCUGAGUCUGCCCCCUGCGCCCACCACAAGUACAGUAUAUCGCUUGGACCGCGUCAUCCAUAGUGACCCAGCUGGGAUCCAGCAGGCCCUGGCUGAACUGGGAAGUCGCCACACGAAGCCAACAUCCCCUAGCCCAGCCCAGCCACCCUUCCUGGGGUCCGGAGGCAGCAGUUCCUCUGCGCUCCCCUUGGGACGCUUUGAGAGUAGGACCAGCAGCAGCACAGACUCUUGCUUUUUGGACAAGAACCAGCUGCUCCACUCCAACAGUGGCCCCCUGAAGGACUCUGGCACACUGAGCAGCUUUCCUACAAAGCGACGGGAACGACCUCGCAAGCAAGACCUGUUGCAGCAGGAGUCCCUGGCCUUUCCCAGUGGCCCAGGCUUCUCAGCCCCCAAAGAAGAGACCCCAGGGGAGCCUCGAAGUAGAAGUGUCCCAGUGUCUGAGGGGCUCGCCCCACAGAUUUGGAACCAGUUGAAUUCCAAUCCUUCAAGGAAGAGCUAUAGGCCUGCCUCAGUGGAGCCCUGGAUUGACCCAUUGAACGCCUUUGAAGAGGUUGCCAGUACAGAGAUGAGCCUGUCUGACAGUGGUGUGGACCUCAGCAGUGACUCACAGGUCUCCUCAGCCACAUGUAGCCAGCGCAGUUCUCCUGAUGGGGGCCUGAAGGCCACACCAGAUACUAGCACUAAACGCAGUGGAGCCAUUGGCACAAGUAACAAUGAUGCGGCCACAACUGGGCCAGAAGGUGCAGAACCAAAAGAGCAGAGGCGGCGACCACCACCAGCUAGGGACUCCAGUAUGCUCAAGGAGAAGGUGAGCAGUUCCCCUGAGCUACCACCUCGAGACCACCCUCCCCCUGGUGCGAUUGGCACCGAGCGUUUCCAGCGAGCAGAGAAGGCAAAAGAGAGUGUUGAGGGGCUGGGUGUCCUGAAGUCAGAGCCAAGCCCCAAGCUGGAGGCCCCAGGGGGCUGUCCGCCCAUCCAGUUUGGAGCCAGCGAAAAGGAUGCUGACCUUCGUUUUAUGGUGAGUGAAGGUCCAAAAGCAGACAAAGAAGAGCUGCACCAAGCACUUGCUGAAGGGCUGACCUCUGCCCCCCGGGAGUGGGAGCUGCUACCCCCUGCUCCUGCCAGCCACAGAACUUCUCCUGAGGUGCUUCCCGGUCGCUCCUGUGAACCCCGACCUUUCUCGGUUGCCCCAGCCACGGCUGCCGUCACUGCCUCAUGCUUGCACAGCCUCCCACCUGACACAUCCGUGUUCUCAGGCGAGCGAGGCCAGGGCCAGCGACUCUACCCAGAGCUCUUCUAUGGGAACCAGGUCCCCAACACUCAGCUGGAGUCGCAGCUUCACGGCACAAACGGGCCCAGCGGUUACCGCCCAAGCACCCCCUCUCUGCACACUUACAGGUCUCAGCACCUGUACCUCCAGCCCAGCCCAGCUCCUGCCUCUCCUGCUCAGACGGCAGCAGGUGCUGUGCUAUCCAGCUCAGCCUUGCUCUCAGGUGUGGCUCUGAAGGGGCAGUAUGUGGAGAUCUCGGCCCUGCAGGCGGCCGAACUUCCCAAACUACCAGCUACAGGCUUGCUGUACCAGGCGCCCCCUCCUUCCUUCAUCUACAGCUCAGCCUUCUGCGGCAGCCAGCUGGCUCCUGAGCAAACCCUGCUUCAGGUGCGCCAAGAACUCGCUUCUCCGUCAGAGUUCUACCCUGCCACCCUGGGGCAAGGAAGCCAGAGCAAUUUUCUGACAGCCACAGGCCCAGCCCAGCAGGUACUUCUGCCAGUGGUGGAACCACCCCAACUCCCAUCCAUGGUGAACUUUGGCUCUUUGCAGCAAGCACCCCCAGCUGCCCCUGCAGCGCCGCCACCGCCUCCUCCCAUGCCCCUGGUGCCCGUGGCCACCCAGGCCCUACGCCCACCAGGACAGCUGCCUGGGCGCCUCAUGUCUCCAGCUGUGCGAGCAUUUCCUCAUGGUGCCGUAGGCCGUAGCGAGCUCCAUGCCCUGGAAAUGAAGCCACUACAAGACUACAGGAAGCUGAAUGGCCUGGGGGCUGCAGGGGCCAGACCCCCUUCAGGGGGCAGGCCUUUCUCUGGAGGCUUCAAUGCCAGGCUGAAAUCCCCUGGGUCUGGGUAUGGUGGCAUCUUCCGUGCCCAGCGCUUUGAGGUCUACCAGCAGUCGGAUGUCCUUCGCUGGAACCCCCGUGCCUGGGAGCGUGCGGCCCAACCACGGGAGGGAGCACCACCUCGACGCCUUGAGCCAGACCCCCGCUCUCACAACGACAAACAAGACCCCAGUCUCUCCAACCACCACUAGUCCAGGAUGCUGAUCCCUCCCUUUUUCGUUCUGUUUCCCCUCCACCAAAAUUGUGUGAGGGUUCUUUUGUGGGGGCUCCGUUCUCCUCCUCCCCUUCUUGGUGUAUCCUGAAUAUGGGGUGUCUCCUUGACUCCUCGUCUGUUUUGUGAGGAGGGCAACACCAGAAUUUGCCCCCUCAGUUAGGGGUUUUAGACACUUAGUAUAUGGGGAGGGGCAAGGAUCAGGAUUUUGGGAGGCUCCUAGCUGAAUGUAUUUUUGCUUAUUUCCUUUGGUUUCACCUAAGGUUUUUGUUUUUUGUUUUUUCUCCUGGCAGGGGCUAGUGUUGCCCUUUUGAUCUGAGGGGGGAGCAGCACAGAGGCGUGGAGUGUAAAUAUAUAUAAAUAUGAACAUGUGGGGUCUUCCCUCUUCCCUCUUCUAUUUAUGGGGAGGGGAGUGAGACUGGGAGCCUGCCUCCUCUCCUGUCCACUUGCUCCCCAGAGUUUGAAAUAGGAAGCGUUGAGUUUUUAAAAGGUGGUCGAGCUGGUUUGUUUAAUAAAUAAAACCAAAAAAGUUGUUUAAAAAAAACCAAUAAAAUAAAAAGUCAAAACUG